AUGAGGAGUUUCUCGAGCAAUGAUGUCAAUGAAACGAGAAAACAAGAGAGUGUGAUGAGCUCGAACAUGUCAAUUAAUAGAACUAUAUGCCAGGGAACAUCACAACAGAAUUCAGCUGAAUCAGGUUUGAGUCGCAUUUUGAAAGUUGUUUGUCCACAAGUACUAAGCAGAGUAUGGGUAAAGGCAUAUUUAUUGAAUGAGAUUACAGAUUCAAAUCGUUUCGAUAUGCGAUAUGGAAAUUUGAGUUUCAGUAAUGCUACUCCGCAAGAUCAUUCAAAUUGUUCUGGUAUACAAAGUCAAGAUAUACUGCCGGAUUUAAACUGUGAUCCAGAUGUUUAUGUGGAAGAUUUUGAAAGUUGUUUGUCCACAAGUACAAAGCAGAAGAAGGGUAAAGGCAUUUUGGUGAACCAUAUAACGGAUCCAAGUGUUUACAGUAUCCAAAGUCAAGACCAGCUGCCUGAUUUAAAUUUUGCUCCAGAUGAUAAAGGUAAAGUCAAGAAGAUGAAGAUGAUUGUGAAGAGGAUGACAUCAACUGCGGGGACAUUUGCAGUGAAGAGUACUGGGAUAUUGGAGAUGCAACUUAUGAAUGUGAAAAUUUGUGGGGAAUAUUUUUGGAACGAAGAAAGAAUCAACAAGCGUUAUAAAAAACAAAGACCAGAGUUCUCUCUGUUUUGCGGUCGUGGAAAGAUAAAGCUGCCGAAUCCAACUGAGCCUCCUCAAAUUUUAAAGCAACUGUUGUUUGGAUCGGGUCAUAAAAGCAACCACUUUCGAGAGCAUAUUAGGAGUUAUAAUUCUAUGUUUUCAUUUACAUCUAUGGGGGGAAAGGUUGAUGUUUCUGUAAAUCAAACACGAGGACCAAGAACAUUCAAAUUGUCUGGACAGAACUAUCAUCAAAUUGGAAGCUUAUUGCCACCUGAGGGAUCCAUCCCAAAGUUUGCGCAAUUAUAUAUCUAUGAUACAAAAAAUGAAAUGCAAAAUAGAAUGCAUGCUAUGAGUCAUGGUCAAAAUGGAAACAAACUUCAUGCUGAGAUUGUUGAUGAUCUAAAGAAAAUGCUUGAUGACCACAAUGUUUUGGCCAAUACAUUUAGAAUGGUGCGAGACAGAUUUCAAGAAGAUAGACGCUCCAAUGUUAGACUUAGAUUAAUUGGAAAAAGGAGCACCGAUGGAAGAAGAUACAACUUACCGACGGUUUCAGAGGUAGCUGCUUUAGUGGUGGGAGAUUUUGAACUAUCUAGAUGUGAUAGAGAUAUCAUCAUUGAUACCCAAUCUAGACAGCUACAAAGGAUUAAUGAUCUGAAUGCUGCCUAUUUAAGCCUUCAAUAUCCUUUACUUUUCCAUAUGGUGAAGACGGCUAUAGAGAGGACAUUCCCUUAG